AACAGCAAAAUGGCCGCUUCUAGUGCAAGUUUUCUCGCUUUCGUUGUUCGUCGCCUUCACGUUUCGCUCAUGAACCAGUUACUCUAUUAAUUAAUGGACCCAGCUCGCCGGUGAACAUAUGCGAUCAAACUGGAAUUACUUGCACAAUCAGCAACUCGAGCUUCACGAUGAGCGUGAUGGACACCGAAGUCUCAACCACGACGGACGGCCCAUGCGCCGACGAUGUUGGGGUCACAUCGUCGACUGCGCUCGGUGAAUCCGAAGCCAUACCUGAACCCAAACCCGAACUUACACCAGACCCCGAUGACGGCUCAGAGGUAUCCUCGUCCAAUCCCGAUCCUCAGCGCGUCCCCUUCAAGAUGCCGCUGUUGAUCGGGCCCCGACCUGGCAAGCAAAAGUUUCUAAAAUCUGGCGCGAAGCCAUUGGCUCAGUGCAUUGACCUACCUCAGCCCUCCGACAGCCCUGAACCAGGGCAAGAACCCGGCAACCUUCCAGAUCACGGUUCAGGCCCUGAUCCGGGUGUAUCGCCAGUAUCGCGCUCGUCCGAAACCUUGGUGUCAACGUGCGCGGGUGUUCCGUACACCGAGCCGCCUUGGAGCGGUGUGCCCGACCGUGAAUACAGUUUUCAGGUGAUCAAGAACGGGGUGAUCCAAGCGUCCGUGGCAUUGGACAAGCCGUUUCUAGUCGUGGGUCGCAAAGAGGACUGCGAUGUCGUGAUGGAGCACCCCUCGGUGUCCAGGUACCACGCCGUGGUGCAGUUCAGAGCUGCCGUGGAAGAAAAGAGCAAGUCAGGGUUUUAUGUCUACGACCUGGGCAGUACCCAUGGUACUUUUGUUAACAAGGAACAGAUCCACGCUAAGUCCUACAAGCGCCUCAACGUGGGCCAUAUGGUCAAGUUUGGCGGCAGCUCACGGACAUUCAUCCUCGAGGGUCCGGCGGAGGACCAGGAAGAGGAGUGUCCGCUGACGGUCACGGAGCUCAAGGCCCUUCGGAAGCAGCGGGAGGAGGAGGCCAGGGAGAGGGAGGCCAAAGCUAAGGCACAGGCAGAAGCAGACGCCGCCAAAGAAGAGCAGGCGGGCAUCGACUGGGGGAUGGGUGAUGACGCCGAAGACGAAGACCCGUCGACGGAGAAUCCGUUUGCUCUCUCGGCCGCCAACGAAGACCUGUACCUGGACGAUCCCAAGAAGACGCUGAGGGGCUGGUUUGAACGGGAAGGGUACGAUAUGCAGUACCACGUUGAGGAGAAAGGAUACAGCCACUUUGUGUGCACCAUCGAACUUCCCAUAGACUCGCCGAAUGGGAUGUCAGUGAUUGCCGAGGCGUCCGUCAAGGGAAAGAAGAAAGAGGCAGUUGUGGCGUGCGCCCUCGAGGCCUGUCGGAUCCUCGACCAGCACGGAGAGCUCCGCAAGUCCUGCCACGAGGGCCGCAAACGCAAGGAGAAGAACUGGGAGGAGAACGACUUCUACGACAGCGACGAGGACACCUUUCUGGACCGGACGGGCACCAUCGAGAAGAAGCGGGAGAUGCGCAAGAAGAUGGUCAAGCGGGAGGACACCGUGGACACCUAUGACACCCUGGUUGAAAAGCUGAGGGCGGUCGAAGAGGAAGUUGCCAAGGUGCAAGCCAAGCUGGAGAGUAGCAAGCAAGCAGCGAAGGAGGCGGAAGAGGACGUGGAGGACUCCCUGGAGGCCUUUAUGAGCUCGCUCAAGUCCAAGACGCUGGCGGACAAGAGCCAGCGCUCCAAGCUGCGCCAGGAGCUGGCGACCCUGCUGCAGGAGCGGACCCGGCUCGUCCGGCUGGCCAAUGUCGCCAAGCCCACCCACCUGCCUCCCCUCACAAGCGCUUUGCUCAAGUCCCAGAGCAAGAGCGACGCGGCGGCCAAGAAGCUGCUGCCGAUGACGGGAAGCAUGAAGGGUCAUCCGUCGCGCAGAAAGAAACCGACUCCAGUUUCCACGCCAACCAUGGUGACUCCGUUCCAACUUGGACAAGACAACGUGGUUGAGGAAGAAGAAGAGGAGGAUGACGACGACGAUGGCGAUGCCGCUGCUGGAAAAGAGGGCGGUGAGCAAAGUCAACCACAACAACCUGCCGAGUCGGGAAGCAAAGACGACCAGACAGCCUGCACGGAAUCCGAAUCCGUAGCCGAAACGGGAGAUGCCAUGGACGAGGACGACAAGCCCGCAGUCAUAGGCCCCGCAAGACCUCCAAGCAGCGUGCUCGAGUUUGUAAAGAAAGACCAAGAGAGUUCCAAGAAAGCCAGCGAAAAAAAGAAGAAAAAGGAAGCAAGGAAGUCCUGCACGGAGAAAGCAGAGGACUACGUCGGCUGGCUGCCCCCAGAAGGACAAUCGGGAGAUGGGAAGACCCACCUGAACCUCAAGUAUGGAUACUGAGCUCGGCGCAGCAGUCCCUGUAUAUAGUUAACACAACCACAAAAGCAAUUAAAAGUGUCACCAAUCGUU